GUCACGCAGCCGCGUGGGAGUGAGAGAGAAAUGUAGCAAGAGAGGAGCAACCAACUCGGAACAGUAGGGGAGUAGGGAUAAACCAACACUUAGCAGGUCCUUUAUACUAAACUUCUAUUGCCCACACUCGUUUUGCUUCUCGCCGUGAGGGGAGAAUUGAAGAGCAAAAAAGGAACGAAAGGUUGGAUGAGCGGUGCGAAGAGUUCUGCAGGGUGAUUUGCCUGUGUGUUUUGGUCAGGGAUGGCGGCGGCGUUGCCCAGGACCCUGGGGGAGCUCCAGCUCUACAGGAUCCUCCAGAGGGCCAACCUGCUGUCUUACUACGAGGCCUUCAUCCAGCAGGGCGGCGACGACGUGCAGCAGCUGUGUGAGGCGGCCGAGGAGGAGUUCCUGGAGAUCAUGGCCCUGGUGGGCAUGGCCAGCAAGCCCCUGCAUGUGAGAAGGCUCCAGAAGGCCCUGCGAGACUGGGUCACCAACCCGGCCCUGUUCAACCAGCCCCUGGCCUCUCUCCCUGUCUGCAGCAUCCCUGUCUACAAGCUAGAAGCUAACGGUAAUGCUAACGCUAGCACCCACGUCAAAGUGCCCAAACCUCAGGCGUCAGCGUGUGUGGGGGAGCCCAGGAGAGGCGAAGCGUCGGCAUCAGUGGUGGGGGGCGAGGGAGGAGGGGGUUCGGCCUCAGGGUCUCCACUGCAGAGGGUCAGUGAGCCCCGCUUCUGGGCCUCCUUGUCCUCCCACGGCGUGGGAGGGGGAGCGGAGAGCGAGCAUAGCCUGUCCCCAGCGGAGUUGACCCUGGGUCUGGCUUCCCCCUCGUCCCCCCGCGGCGAGGAGGUACUAGAUGCCGCGGCGUUGCGGUCGGUGGUGGAGUGUGUGGAGCGGCUGGCCCAGGCGCUGCCCCGGAGCGAUCCGGCCGACGUGAAGGAAGGGCUGCGGGGCAACAAGAAGCUGGCCAAGAUGAUCUGCCACAUCCUGGACAUGGACGAGGACGACCCGAGGAGGGCGGAGGAGAUACGCAAGUACAGCGCCAUCUACGGACGCUUCGACUCCAAGAGGAAGGAUGGCAAGCAACUUACGCUGCACGAGCUGACAGUGAACGAGGCAGCAGCUCAGUUGUGUAUGAAGGAGGUGUCCCUGCUGACCAGGAGAGAUGAGCUGUUUGGUCUGGCUAGACAGGUCUCACGGGAGGUCACCUACAAAUACACCUACAGGACCAGCAAGUCCCGAUGUGGUGAUAGAGAUGAGAUUUCUCCCAAGAGGAUUAAAACCGAGGAGGGCUUCUUUGACCUUCAGGAGGCCCUGCAGGCCAUCCACAUGAGACAAGAGACCCUGAGGGAGCAGCUGGCCACAGCCAAGUCUAAAGGAGAGGAGACCACAGGACGCAACAUCCAGCUGCAGCUGGAGCAUCUGCUGGCCAGGCAGAUGGAGAUCCUCCACGAGGCCAAGGCCCAGGAUAGACUUCAGACCCUGGAGUGGAGGGUUCCUAUGGGGGGCUUCAAAUUUAGACACAGCACAGACCCAGAGCACCGCCACCAUACCAACGGAGGCUCCCCUGAUAACACCAGUCUACAACCAGGGGAGAGGCCACUGAACCUGCGUGUGGCGGGUCAAAGGUCAGAUGUAGACAUACCCCUGGGGAAACAGCUAGCCAAUGAGCUAAAGAGGCAUCACAGCAACGGGGAGGGAAAGACCCCGGCGACGAGUCACCAUGGCAAUGUCGAGGGCAAAACUUUGGCCACAGAAAAUGGGAACGGGGCCGACUUCUCCCAAGGGGCUCUCAACCUUUCCGACAAGAAGACCAUCAAAUCAGAGCCAGAGGAUUCCAGAUAGCACCUCUUCUCCUCCAACUCCUCCUCCUUCCUCAUCCCUAUCUCAUAACAUAGUCGUCAUCGGUCAAUACUAAAAAAGCACAGCUGCAGUAGAGCCUUAACAACCAAUGUUGCCUCAAGUAAAGGGAUUUUACUUUUUGUUUAUUUUUUUGCCAAAGCACCUAGAGAGCCUUUAUUUCUUUCCUUGUAGAAGCCCAGUUUUUUGUGUUUUCACUGACUGUGCUGAUUCCCCCACCCCUCUCUCCUUUCUUCCUAUCAAGACUGAUGGCGAGUGGUCUGUAGAUGUCGUUUUUGUACAUACAUAAUUCUGACUCUGAAAAGUGUUUGUCGUUAAUGUUAUUUAAAUAUGUGCUGUGUAUAAUAAGGAAACAUAUUUCUGGUGGACUAUAGGAUGUUAGUUAUGUCCAGAUUGGGAAGAUGGGUGUCCCAGUUGUUACGAAGACAGGUUUGGGCUCGGGUUUGUUAAGAGUGUACGAGGACAACACCAGAAUAUCCUGGUAGUAUUCCCUUUCACUUCAAGUCAACCAGGAUUUGGCUCAGAAAAGUCUUAUUUAAUUUGACAAUGUGGUCCGAUUUGAUCAAAGCACUAACAGGGUAGGGUGUGCAGGUCAUUCGGAAAGUAUUCAGACCCCGUGACUUUUACCACAUUUUGUUACAUUGCAGCCUUAUUCGAAAAUUGAUUAAAUUUAAAAAAAGAAUGUCCCUCAUCAAUCUACACACAGUACCCCAUGAUGACAAAGCAAAAACAGGUUUUUAGAAAUGUUUGCCAAUGUAUAUAAAAAAACAAAACAGAAAAACCUUAUUUACAUACGUAUUCAGACCCUUUGCUAUGAGACUCUAAAUUGAGCUCAGAUGCAUCCUUUUCCCAUCGAUCCUCCUUGAGAUGUUUCUACAACUUGAUUGGAGUCCAUCUGUGGUAAAUUCAAUUGAUUGGACAUGAUUUGGAAAGGCACACACCUGUCUAUAUAAGGUCCCACAGUUGACAAUGCAUGUCAGAGCCAUGAGGUCGAAGGAACCUGCUCAAGAGCGCAGAGGACCUCAGACUGGGGCGAAGGUUCACCUUCCAACAGGACAACGACCCUAUGCAUACAGCCAAGACAACGCAGGAGUUGCUUUGGGACAAGUAUCUGAAUGUCCUUGAGGGGCCCAGCCAGAGUCCGGACUUGAACCCGAUCAAACAUCUCUGGAGAGACCUGAAAAAAAGCUGUGCAGCAACUCUACCCAUCCAAUCUGACAGAACUUGAAAGGAACUGCAGAGAAGAAUAGGAGAAACUCCACAAAUACAGGUAUGCCGAGCUUGUUGCGUCAUACCAAAGAAGACUCAAGGUUGUAGUCACUGGUAAAUCUGCUUCAACAAAGUACUGAGUAAAGGGUCUGAAUACUUAUGUAAAUGUGACAUUUGAGUUAUUUUUUUAAUAUUUUCAAAGAUUUUGAAAAACCUGUUUUUGCUUGGUCAUUAUGGGGUAUUGUGUGUAGAUUGAUCAGAAAAAACAACAAUUUCAUACAUUUUAGAAUAAGGCUGUAAUGUAACAAAAUGUGGAAAAAGUCAAAAGGCCGGAAUACUUUCCGAAUGCACUGUAUUUGGGACGACAACUUCAUGUGAUAACGUUGGGUGGGUAUUAUAGCCAUCAAUAAUAAGCACAAGUAUUUUCAAAUGUAGACGUUGACCUUCUCGAUUUUACCAAAUGGAGGGAAUUUAAAAUGGUGUGAACCAUAAACCAGUAAUAACUGAAUUUGAAAGCAGGGUUUACCAUCGCACCAUCUCACUUUGAUUCGUACAGUACCAAUUGUGUGUUUAGUAGAGCAAUACCAACUAGCUGUUGUUGAGGAACCCAGUGCAAAUGUCUAGUUGUCCCAGUUUUGGGGAUCUUGUUCACUGUACCGUUGUUUAAUUUCUUGUUGACUAGCGUUAGCCAUAGUCCUAGGUAACACCCAUCCUCAAGAUGACCUGAAACAGAUAUGCACUAUUGUUUGAUUCUAAAAUGCAUCGUCAUGUUUUCAGAUUUUCCAUCAAAAGUAUUUUUCACAUUUCUGAUUGUCUCCCGUGAAUGAUGUGCUGUACAUGUUUGUAUAGCAACGUUUGAGUAAUGUAGUCAAUGACAUGCAUUUCUGGGGUACUGGGGUCCCUCUGUUAAUGUGAGUUUAGAUCAGGCAAUUUUAGAGCCGCCAUCAUGUGAUGUCAUUUGUCAGGUUUCCCUCUCAAAUUGAUAUUUUAGUCACGUACCAGUUCAACUGUCUCACUAAUUGUAUUGAUGUUUAAAAUGAUUACCUCUUCUUUCAAUUACACUGAUCGAUUGUGUUCUCUAUUCUCAUGCAAUAGUUCAAGGGACAAUUCACUAAAAAUUGAAAUUGUAUGAUUUACCACUAAAUAUGUUUAAUGUUUUUAGAGCACAGCAUUCGACGACAAUGCCUACAAAGGUGUGGUUAGCUUUUGGUCAGGGGAGGCUAUCCAAAGCAUGCUGACACUUACACAAUAACUUGGAUAAGCCCUGAACAACUGUCGGGUUGAUCAUUGCAACACCAUGGAGUAAAAAAAAAAAAAACAUGUGAAUUUUUAUAUUUAGUGAACAACCAAAAUGUGAGGAUAUACAUUUUUACAAUCUAUUAGAUGGAUGCAUUUUUGUUCAGAACACAAAUCAUUUUUAGCAUGCAAAUCUUUGUUCAUUUACCUAAGUGGGGAUUGCUAUUUAAUGGACUAUGGAACAUCUACAUUCACCCUCAUUUUGAAAACCGUAUUGUUAAGUAAUUCGAAUGUCUCAAUAGAUUCCCCCUACGUCAUGGAAAUAUUUUGGCAGUAUGAUUUAUUCCGAAAUGUUUACCUAAUUCUGUACCUGACUGUAUCUGUAUUCAAAAGAGCGAUCUCUAAAUAAGGUAAGGCAGGUCAUAAGUCUGCUCCAAGAGAAACAGGUCAGGUUAUCUGAACCACCGUAGCUCCCUGUGAGUUCCUGCUCCUCUGCAACACCUACCUUUGCUCUCACACUCUGUUGAACUUGUAACGGCUUUUGCAUUUAUACAGUAGAAUUAUACAUUUAUAACUGUGGGAUGAAACCGUGUUUGUUGUCGAUAGAAGGCGUUCUUAUCACUGUUGUUGUUGGUAAAAAAAAAAAAAGAAGACGUAAUUAGGUUAUGCAUUAUUGUCAUGCACCCAAUUGUUUUGUAAACACUAAUAUAUUUACUUUGUGAUACACGAACAUUAAACUUUAUUUUUUUUAGAUCUGA